GAAGAUGGUGUCAUCAGUUGGCAUCUAUGAACACUGAUUUGCCUCACAAAUGGAGAAGACUACGAUAAAUGAGCGGUUGCCUUGUGGAAACAAGGAAGACUCGAGAACUGAAAGACAGAGGUACCUUCAGAAGCUUGAUGUGACACACCCUGGGAUCUAUUCAUGGAUAGAAAUUGAGGCAAAAACUUGGGAUGAGUUGCGAGAAUCAUUAGCGAUGCUAAAAGCGGCCAAGAAAAUGCGUUGUAGGAUUCAAAGGCUCGAACUUGAAAAUUCCAACUUAGUCGUCACAAUUGAAAAACAAGCGAGAGAAAUGGAAGCGCUUGGUGAAAAACUGUUAAACACAGGAAACGACGUGGUGGAAGCGGCACCGGAAGGAGACCCGGUGGAGCCGAGGGAGGAGGCUGUUGCUGCACCCUGGAGUCAGAUGGAGUUGAUGGAGCUCACAUCUGAGCUCACGAAAAUGAGAAUGCAAGAGGACUCUUGUAAAACGGAAGUUCAAAAAUACAAGGAACUCUAUCUACAAGAACUAAGAAGCAAUAAUGCCUUACUCUCACGUCUUCAAAAUAGGACUUGCAAGUGUCCAGAGCAGUCAUGUUCAAAUCAUGAGGGGGAGAUGCGGUGGAAGACAUCUUCAAUGGUGGCUCUUGUAGGGCCCCACCCCGAGUGCCCUCAAGUGCCAUAUCUAACAGGCAGCAGCAUGGAGCCACAAGGAAAUGUGCCCCAGCCCUCCCAAUGCCCAGGAGCUAGCUGUGAAUUCAUGGAAAAUGCUAGGGGCUGCUCUGAAGAUACGGAGAAAGUGAGGCAUAAACUGAUAAGCUCAGUGCGUUCUUUACUCUGUGCUUUGCAUCAAGAAACCAGGAGGACUAAAGAGCUACAAAAAGAGCUUGCCAAAAUGAAGAAGAUCUUUAACAUGGCCCCCCGGGAAGGACAUGGGCAUGAAGGCCGAGGACAUAGUUUUCAUGAGGUUUCAAAAGUCAGCCGAGCCAAAAUGGGUGUUCCAGUUGCCAUGCUAAGACUCGAGGGAGAAGCGGCAGCUGCAGACAACUUAGUGUGUGCUCGCGAGACUCCACGUGCUUCCUUCCUAACCCAGAUGGAGCUUGAAAUGAAAAGGAUCGAAUCUGCUAUCGCCGAAGUGAACACCCAGGAAUGCUUGGUUAAAAAAGAGCUGGACGUAAUUAAGCAGCUGUACCGAGGAGAGUUAGAACACAUAGACAGCGUGUCAUUGGAGCAGACCGUGUAAAUGGAGGGGAGCCACGGCAGGAGGACCCUGGGCCUCACCGCGGAAGCACAGUCGCAGAGAACCCAGCUCAUGAUCAUUGUAAACCGCUAGAGUAACGGAACAGUGUAAAUCUGGAAAAUAUGUUGAUAAAUGAGCGUCCUCUAAAA